AUGAGAUCGCGCGAACAGAAUGCGGACGAGCCCAGCCUAGAAGAAAACAAGACUGCCAGCCCAGAUGUGCGCAACCCAGCAAAAAUUGACAAGGCUGCCAAACCCUCACGCAAACUUUUUGCCUUCUUGAGCUGCUGUUCGUCUUCUGAUGUUGACCCCGAGGAUGGCUCUAUUCCACCAAAGAAGACUUCGAGACGGCUAUCCGUUGCUCAAACCCAGCCAACACCGGAGAAAACGGAGGUGAAUGCGGCCGACUCAAGUACCGCAGAAUCCAAGGCGCCGAGUUAUUUCAAGGACGAGAAGCCGAAUCUGACGGUGAUAUCCGACAAGCAGUCAUCGAACCUUGAUGAAGAGGGUGUUGCGGAGCCAAGCUCACAACUUGAUGGAACAAAAACGACGACAGCGAUACCUGAAUCCGUUCAGAACCAUACCCCGUCGGAUACGCACAAUGAGGACCAGACAUCCGACGCACAGCCAUCGAUUCAACCGGCGAUUGUCGCGAUCGAACCCACAUUGUCAGAGAAAUCUGACGAUAUUACCAAGGCAGAUGAAAUCGCGGUCGAAGCAGAGAGUUCUGCGGUGUCCUCUCAGCCUGGUACAACAGAGGAAGAUACAAAGCAACUCUCACAUGAUGACGAAGCAGUAAGGCUGCCUCCUCCUCCACCAUUAGGCAAGCAGCCGGAAACAUCCGUGCAAGAGAGGGCACAGCAGUGGCUAUUACCUCCGGCUCUGCCGCAUUUACGUGAUCGAAAAUGCUUGGUUCUGGACCUCGACGAAACACUAGUGCAUAGUAGCUUCAAGGUCCUCGAGCGAGCUGAUUUUACCAUACCGGUGGAGAUCGAAGGCCAGUACCAUAACAUCUAUGUGAUUAAACGACCAGGCGUCGAUCAGUUCAUGAAGCGUGUCGGAGAGUUAUAUGAGGUAGUUGUAUUCACUGCUUCGGUCUCAAAGUAUGGCGAUCCUUUGCUGGAUCAGUUGGACAUUCAUGGCGUCGUCCACCACAGGUUGUUCCGGGAUAGUUGCUACAACCAUCAAGGCAAUUACGUCAAAGACCUUUCCCAAGUCGGCCGUGAUCUCCGCGACACUAUCAUAAUUGAUAACUCCCCAACAUCCUACAUAUUCCACCCUCAACAUGCGAUACCCAUCAGCAGCUGGUUCUCUGACGCCCACGAUAACGAGCUCCUCGAUCUUAUUCCCGUACUCGAAGACCUCGCUGGUACCCAGGUGAAAGACGUUAGCCUGGUUCUCGACAUUACGCUAUGA